CCCAAGUAAAAAACGGAAGAGGAGUCGCUGGAACCAAGAUACAAUGGAACAGAAGACAGUGAUUCCAGGAAUGCCUACAGUUAUCCCACCUGGACUUACUCGGGAACAAGAAAGAGCUUAUAUAGUGCAACUGCAGAUAGAAGACCUGACUCGUAAACUGCGCACAGGAGACCUGGGCAUCCCCCCUAACCCUGAGGACAGGUCCCCUUCCCCUGAGCCCAUCUACAAUAGCGAGGGGAAGCGGCUUAACACUCGGGAGUUCCGUACCCGCAAGAAGCUUGAAGAGGAACGGCACAACCUCAUCACAGAAAUGGUUGCCCUCAACCCUGAUUUCAAACCACCUGCAGAUUACAAACCUCCAGCAACACGCGUGAGCGAUAAAGUAAUGAUUCCCCAAGAUGAAUAUCCGGAAAUCAACUUCGUAGGCCUGCUAAUUGGACCCAGAGGGAACACCCUGAAGAACAUUGAGAAGGAGUGCAAUGCCAAAAUCAUGAUCCGGGGGAAAGGAUCUGUGAAAGAAGGCAAGGUUGGACGCAAAGAUGGUCAGAUGUUGCCAGGAGAAGAUGAGCCACUUCAUGCUCUAGUCACUGCCAAUACAAUGGAGAAUGUCAAAAAGGCAGUAGAACAGAUCAGAAACAUUCUAAAGCAAGGCAUUGAGACACCAGAGGACCAGAAUGAUCUACGGAAGAUGCAGCUUCGAGAAUUGGCUCGCUUGAAUGGCACCCUCCGGGAAGAUGACAACAGGAUCUUAAGACCCUGGCAGAGCUCAGAGACCCGCAGCAUUACAAACACUACAGUGUGUACCAAGUGUGGAGGGGCUGGACACAUCGCUUCAGAUUGCAAAUUCCAGAGUAUGUCCACCACGCAGAGCCGCCCACCCUGGAUGAACUCUGGCCCUUCAGAGAGUCGGCCCUACCAUGGCAUGCAUGGAGGUGGUCCUGGUGGGCCCGGAGGUGGCCCCCACAGCUUCCCACACCCAUUACCCAGCCUGACAGGUGGGCAUGGUGGACAUCCCAUGCAGCACAACCCAAAUGGACCCCCACCCCCUUGGAUGCAGCCGCCACCACCACCGAUGAACCAGGGCCCCCACCCACCCGGGCACCAUGGCCCUCCUCCAAUGGAUCAGUACCUGGGAAGUACGCCUGUGGGCUCUGGGGUCUAUCGCCUGCAUCAAGGAAAAGGUAUGAUGCCGCCGCCGCCUAUGGGCAUGAUGCCGCCACCGCCGCCGCCUCCCAGUGGGCAGCCCCCGCCCCCCCCCUCUGGUCCUCUUCCUCCAUGGCAGCAACAGCAGCAGCAGCCUCCACCACCCCCUCCGCCCAGCAGCAGUAUGGCUUCCAGUACCCCCUUGCCAUGGCAGCAAAAUACGACGACUACCACCACGAGCGCUGGCACAGGGUCCAUCCCGCCAUGGCAACAGCAGCAGGCGGCUGCCGCAGCUUCUCCAGGAGCCCCUCAGAUGCAAGGCAACCCCACUAUGGUGCCCCUGCCCCCCGGGGUCCAGCCGCCUCUGCCGCCCGGGGCCCCUCCCCCUCCGCCGCCUCCGCCACCUGGUUCCGCCGGCAUGAUGAUCCCUCCCCGCGGCGGCGAUGGCCCGAGCCAUGAGAGUGAGGACUUUCCGCGCCCAUUGGUGACCCUUCCAGGCAGACAGCCUCAGCAGCGCCCCUGGUGGACAGGAUGGUUCGGCAAAGCAGCCUGAGUUAUUUUUGUGGACGGAAUCGGAACACGCUGGCUCCAUAUCGUGAAAUUUUUAAUUAAUUUUUUUCUUUUUCCUUUGUUACUUUCUUAUCUCUUACUUUCUUCAGACUCCGUCCAAGGAGGUGCUUUCCCCGAUCUUCUGCUGCAAUUAGAAUCCUUUCCCUUCACUCCAUUCUCCCUCCCCUGCCAAGGAGAGAGGAGCAAAUGGUUUUAGGCACAGGCUUCAGCCUUAAUGUCAGGCUACUUGGGCAGGUGAUGUCCUUUGGUUCUAAGUUUUUCCAGGGACCAUAGCCAGCCCCAGAGAUGUUCGUCUUUUUAAAGUAUGGGGUUUAUCUUUGUCACUCUUGUCAAAGUUGCCUAGGGCUGGUUAACUGCCAGGCCCAGCACCUGCAUCCAUCCAGCAUUCCUGCCAGCGGUAGGUGGUACAGCCCAAGCCACCUUGGACCUACCGGCUCAGAGUCAUUUCUGUGCUCUGACCACCUAAGCUGCCAGAUUCCAUUUGUUCCUCUCCUUCCUGGAAGGCUUCCUUUACAUUUUAUUUUAAUCCCAAAUGUCUGAAUGUUUUGCAGUGUCAAGGGCUUUGAGCCCCUUGUUCCUCUUUCUGUUCCCCACCCUUCACCCUUCAUGGAGUGAUUAUGUUAAUGAUGUGUAACCCGCGUUCUCUUCACUGGUUUAUCUGCAGAAAUUCUCUGGGCUUUUUUUUUCGGUGUUUGAUUCAACACUGCACUAAAGGGGGGAUGUUCCAUUGAAUAAAAGAGCAGUGUGGUUUUUC